ACGACAUUAUGAGUUUACGUCAAGAGAUGUUCAACUUUUAUCCAGUGGAUUACAGCAAAUGGGAGCGAAGGUCAAAACAGAAGCAUCAACCCUGGGCAUCUAAGCAAGACAGUGGAACUACUGUAAUCAGACAAUUUCCAACUGUAACAUCAGGAACAUCUCAAUGGAAAACUGUCCACAUUGAUUCCACAACAUUACCUAAACUCUCUAGAAGGAGAACAACUGUAAAAGUGGAACAGGAACAUACUAAGGACAAUGUCAAAGCACUGAAGUUACUCAUCACAUCCACAAAAGAAGCCAUAAAAGUCCUAGAGGAGCACUGUGAACAUCUUAAAGAGAGGAACCUGCAGAUAGCCAAGACCAUCAUUGAUACAGAGAGAAGCUCAUUCUCCAGAGCUAAAGAACUGCUCAUCCAGCAAGUACAAAUGGGGAGAUCAAUGGCAUUCUUUAAACAAUGGAGUGGCAGUCAGAUUACAACUAUCAAUGCAGAGCUGACAGAUAUACAGGAAGCAUCACAGAAACAUCUCGACGAUUUGCAGGAGCAAUUGGAUAUUGUGACAUCAAAGGUGGUGAAGGCAAAGAAAGAGCUACACACUCUGAAGACUUACAAAGAUAUGGAGUACCCAGUCAAGGCCUUGCAAAUUUUAGACAUGGAAAGUGAGCUGAAUAAACUGAGGGAGAACCAGCAGGUUGAACAGGAGGAUGUGACUUUGCUGUUUAAAAAAGAUAGGGCAAAUUUGGAGAGAUGUCAACGCCAAAGAGAGCAGGCUGUACUGUCUGCCAUUGCUGAGAAACAUGAAUCUCUCAUCCCACCCAUUGUCAAACUGAUGGCCUCUCAUAACCACACAAUAAGGGAGGAGAUUCACAUGUACAGAAAGGAGAUAAUGGAGUUGAGACAGAAGACCAAAGAGCUAAUGAAAAGUAUUCAGGAACUGAAACUAUCAAGACCGAACUUGAGGAGAGAGAUCUUUCCAGAUGUUUUCCUGAAAUCAGAUAAGUGUAGUCCAGAUAUGGAUGUCCAUCUCAAUAUACCACAAGUGGAUUUACUUCCCAUUUAACCUUUUUAAUUCCUCGCUUGAGCUGCUAUAUAUU